UAUGUUUUACGCAGUAGUUAUUAACCUAUGUUCUUAUGAGUUAAAUUAUUUCGAUUACGUAUGGUAUUAACGAGGUUAGCAGAAUGACGUUUUUGCGAAUUAUUGUCAAUUGAUUUGUGUAAUAUUGGUGAUUUUCCAUAAUAUGGAUAGACAGGACGGUAUUAUGGACAAAAAUGUUGUGUCCGAAGAUGACAUUAGUUCUCUUAUAGGACACUUUGCUAAAGAAACGUUUAAAUGUACCAACAAUGAUCCUUUUGCUUAUGAUGUUGUGGAUAAAUGCUUAAAUCUUCUAAGGCUGGAUUACAAAUUUAUGAUAAUUGACAAUAGUAAAGGUCGUAUAAAUGAGCAAUAUCCUCAUAAAAUACCUAUAUUACAACAUGAAAAAUAUCCAAGAGGUACAAGAAUUGAUAGGACAUCAGUUACUUCUGAAGAAAUUUCAACUUUAGGAACAUGCAAUCGAAAAAGAAAUAGUUUAGGAGCUCCAUCAUCUAGUAAUCAUUCUUCACCAGAACCUUUUAUCAGAUCUCAGUCGCCUAGACAUAGCCCUAAAAAAACUAGUGACACUAUUGGUACUGAUAUAGUAUCUAUUGACACUUUAAUUAAUGAAGCAAAGUUUGCACGAUGUCGGAACCGCUUUGUUGUACCUGUUAUAUUAUACCAAGGAAAAUAUAUCUGCAGAUCUUCUACGAUAGCUAGAAUGACUGAAAUAGGGUUGGGAACAGCUACUGCUAAAGGAUUAUCAUUUGAAGAGUUUAGACAGCUUGAUAGUAAAAGAAAGUGUGAUGUUGAAUUACUCAAUGCAUGGAAAGUAGGAACAAUAAUUGAUCUAAUGGUUGAAAAUGAGAAACAAAAAUAUCUUUUUGCAGUUACUUCAUCAGAAAAAGUGGAUGAUACACAAAAAUAUGCCGUAUUUAGAAUUAUUCCAGCGCCAUAUCCGGGUUGUGAAUUUUUUUACGAUUUUAAAAAGAAUAAUUAUAAUUCUGAAGGUUUGAUGUUUGAUUGGUCUGAUCCUACUAUCAAUUCAACACUAAAUGUAAAACCAAAUCCUGCUGUUGAUCAACUUGAUAUUCAAUGGAAUAAAUACAAGGAAUGGGAUUUGCGUCAGCUUACAGAAAAUUAUUUGAGUUUGAUGCUAAAAUAUAUUUGGUGUUCAUCUAAAGGAAUAUUAAUACAUUGUAUUAGUGGUUGGGAUCGAACUCCCUUAUUCAUUUCACUAAUAAGAAUGUCUUUGUGGGCAGAUGGUGUGAUUCAUAAAUCAUUAUCUCCUAGCCAGAUUUUGUAUUUAACACUAGGUUAUGAUUGGUAUUUAUUUGGGCAUAACCUUGAAAAUCGACUUGAAAAAGGAGAAGAUAUUAUGCAUUUUUGUUUUCAUUUUCUAAAAUAUAUUUUUAGUGAUGACUUCAAGACUCCUAGCAUACCUUGUGCAGUGACUGCUCCUAAUAGUCCGAAAUUUUCUUCUUAUAUGAGUGAAUUUGAUUUAUCUGAUUUAGACCAUCUAGAAAUUCGAUCAAGAAACAAUAGUAAUGGCAGCAAUGAAGAUCUAACUGUUGGAAAAAUUUAUGAUAGUUUUGAAGAUUAUCAUACACAGCUUGAUUUUGAUCAAACUGUUACUACUAAGUUAAAGUCAUUAAAGAAGCCUACAGAAAAGUUUUUUAUUAAAGAAACCAUUUAUGAAAUGGAUGACAUUGAAGAUAUUGACGAAGAAGAUUUCAUUAUUACUGAUGAAGUAGAAACAAAACGAUAUAAGUGUUCCUCUCCCCGAAGACGUUAUCGUUCAGUGAGAUCUCCCGAUUCGGACUGUGAUAAUGAUGAUUUUGAAUUUACAAGUAAUAUAGAAAGAACAUUGCCUGUUGAUAUGCCAACGUCUCAAAGACGAUUGCGAACAUGCUCUAAUUCAAGCGAGACUGACGAAUGGUCAAUGGUCACUCAAACAGGUAGUUUAAAUGGUAAUGAUUUAAUGGAAAAUAAGUUUCGACCAAUUUCAUCGCGGGAAAAUCGUUUAUCUGCUGUUAGAGAAUUAUUCCAUAAAUGUUACAGCACAUAUGGUUAUAAAACUGAUGGGCCUGAUGGAGAUGCCCAUAAUAUAAUGUAUGUUGGAUAUUUUAUUCAGAUAUAUUGUUAUUAUUUACCCAAAAAAGGCAAAUAAAAUUAUUGUUAAAGUGAUUUUUUUUUUUAUUAAUAUUAUGAUAAAUGACUUGUAAGUUAUUAAUAUCUAUUUCUAGCAGAAAAGAUAAAAUUGUACUUCCUAGAUCAAACUAUUAUAUUAAUUUAUUUUUAUUUAUAAUGUUUUAAUUGUACAGUUUUAUUAUUUAUUAAUAUCU